GUGCUGCCCAUUAAAAUUACAGGAAGGCAAAGUUACUUGGAUGCGAUUAAUGCGAGUAGCAUCUUUUCGCAUUCUCUCAUCCAAACCCUAGUUCAUACUCAAGGGCAUUUCAAUCUCCAUCCCGAAAUUCCUCUGUUGGUUUCAAUUAUUUCUGCUCCCAUGGCCAUGGAAUCGAAUUCCAGCCCUAAUUCGUUAGGAGAGGAAGCGAGGAACUGGCUUGAACUGCCUGCAGAUGUCACGUCUAUGAUUCUGCUGAAGUUAGGCCCCGUUGAUAUUCUCACCAACGCUCAAGACGUUUGCUCUUCGUGGCGUAAGAUCUGUGAGGACCCUCUCAUGUGGCGCGUUGUUGAUAUGCGCUAUUCCGGUGAUUGGUGGGACAUGGACUACGAUUUGGAGGAGAUGUGCAGGCAGGCUGUUGACCGUAGUUGUGGCCAAUUGAUUUACAUUAACAUUGAGCAUUUUGGCACCGAUGAUUUGCUCCAGUACAUUACUCAGAGUUCAAAUCAACUUAGAAAACUCCGCCUUGUAUAUUGCAAUCGCAUCUCAGAUGAGGGAUUCAUUAAAGCAGUUUCGAAACUUCCCUUGUUGGAGGAUCUUGAGAUAUCUUUCGGUUCAUUUGAUGUGGAAACUUUGGAAACUCUUGGUCAUUGUCGCCCUCUUCUGAAAUCACUAAAACUGAACCGUCAGUUUUACAGACGGGUGGAAUGUGACAAGGGAGCCCUUGCUAUUGCUGAAAAUAUGCCUAAUCUACGUCACCUUCAGAUAUUUGGCAACAGCCUUACUAAUAGGGGCUUGGAGGCCAUUCUUGAUGGUUGUCCUGACUUAGAAUCUCUUGAUUUACGCCAGUGUUUCAAUUUGAAUUUGGCGGGACAGUUGGGUGCAAAAUGUUCUGAAAAAAUAAAAAAUUUACGGUUGCCUCAUGAUCCCACUGAUGACUAUGAAUUUUCAACCGAGAUUGUUGAAUAUGGUGAUGAUUAUGAGGAGGAUUAUGGUUACCCUUUUGGCUUGUCUGACACCGAUUUAUUGACUGAUGACGACGACUAUUAUGAAUUCUCAGGGGGCAGCGAUUUCUCUGACUAUACAUGGUAGUUGGUCCAAUGAGCCUAGCAACUGCUGAACUGCACGAGAGAAGAAUGAGAGGCUCUCUUUCCACUAGAGUAAGUAAUUUUGUUGUUCUCUUCUACAUGCAAUAAGUAAAAGCCUAAAACAACUUCUGGGUAUCUUCAUUUUGUGUGUUUAUAGAUGAAGAUGAUUCUAGGAAGUCUAAGAAACAUAUCAAAAUUCAACUAACCAAGUGAUAUGUUGUAAAGUCACUAGUUCACGUGUCAAAUAUGUUUGUUUAUACUUGUACUAAUCGAUUUUAUGCUAUAUCACUUGGAUUGUAAAAUGUUGAUAUAUCUUGCAAUGUAUAGUGGUUAAAAUUUAUAAAUUUGUCUUGCUCGUUUGAUUGA